CUUUAGUCUGGCUUCAAAUUUCAUAGUAAUCUGUGGCCUUAAAAAGUGAUAAAUUCUUUUGGAUCAGUCGGGUGUCAGAUAAUUUAUAUUUUAUCUCUCAUUUUUAUUUAAGUCAGUACUGGAUUAAAAUAUCCUGUCGAAGAUAACAAGAUGCCUCGGUACCACAAGGUGGAAAUUAAUAAAACGGAAUGGAUUGUCCCGGAAAGAUACCAAAUGCUUACACCUGUGGGCUCAGGUGCUUACGGACAAGUUUGUUCCGCUAUCGACACCGUCCAUAAUAUGAAGGUGGCAAUCAAAAAGUUGGCGCGACCAUUCCAAUCUGCCGUACAUGCUAAGCGGACUUACCGCGAACUGCGGAUGUUAAAACAUAUGAACCACGAGAAUGUUAUUGGUCUAUUGGAUGUGUUUAGUCCUGAAAAAACUCUAGAAGAGUUUCAACAAGUUUAUCUGGUCACACACUUGAUGGGGGCAGACUUGAACAAUAUUGUCCGCACCCAAAAGCUUUCUGAUGACCAUGUUCAAUUCCUUGUCUAUCAAAUACUCCGAGGACUUAAAUAUAUACACUCAGCUGGCAUCAUCCAUAGGGAUCUAAAACCAUCUAACAUUGCUGUGAAUGAAGACUGUGAGUUGAAAAUCUUAGAUUUUGGUCUAGCCAGGCCAACUGAAACAGAGAUGACUGGCUAUGUAGCUACAAGAUGGUACAGAGCCCCUGAGAUCAUGCUCAACUGGAUGCAUUACAACCAGACAGUUGACAUUUGGUCAGUGGGCUGCAUUAUGGCAGAACUACUGACAGGUAGAACCCUGUUCCCAGGUUCAGACCAUAUUGAUCACCUCACAAGAAUAUUGUUUUUGUGCGGAAGACCAGAUCAAGAGACUAUUGACAAAAUAAUUAGCGAAGAGGCUAGGAACUACAUCCAGUCCUUGCCGGCGCUCAAGAGACGUGAUUUCCGCGAAGUGUUCCGCGGGGCCAACCCGCUGGCCGUCAACUUAUUGGAACUCAUGCUGGAACUGGAUGCUGACAAACGUAUAACAGCGGAGCAAGCUCUAGCACACGAAUACUUGGCUCAGUACGCUGAUCCUGACGACGAGCCCGUCUCCGCGCCUUAUGACCAGAGCUUCGAGGAUAUGGAACUGCCAGUUGACAAAUGGAAAGAAUUGGUGUGGAAAGAAGUUGUGGAGUUCAAGCCUCAUCCUCAACACAUGAAUACAGUGGUAGAAGUUAAUCCGUCUUAAUAACAAUGCUUUAAAUAUUAAUUUACUUUAACAUUGCUGUUGGGAAUUAAUAAUAAAAACACUAUUUAAAGUGUAAACCUAAAAUCACGUCACAGAAAUAUAAUGAGCUGACUCACACCGUGCAUUGCCAUAUAAAUAAUUGUUAUAAAGUUUGCCAUACUUAAUGGUUUGCACAAUUUAUUCUUUAGACAGAUUUCUUUCCUCUUAUUAAUUCCAACAGCUAAGUUGAAGUAAAUAACAGGUUUUUGCCCUUUUUAAUAACUAAAUUAAAGGUUAAUAAUUAUUUGUAUGUAUUGCCCGAAGUCUCGGCGAGGGUUUUAAGCUAUUAAUAAAGAUCCCGACUUAACGCGAUAUGCCAGACCACAUACCGAUAUUACUAAUGACGGGCCAAUAUGAUCCACAUUAUGAUGUCAUAGCCAUAUUUUACACUUCAAUAAUAAAAAGAAACUGAUCUACACAAGUCACUCUUGUCUCAUUUGGUUGGACUUGUCUUCGAAGACUGCAAUAAUAAAAUAACUAUUUUAUCCUAUGGCAACACCUGGUUUUAGAAUAAGGUUCGGCAGUUAAAAGAAAAGUGUACUAAAAUGUAACUUUUACAAAAAUAGAUUUUAAGCAUAUUAACAAAUGUGUAUUAUUUAGAAAUGUACAAAAUAUUUGUACAAUAGAUUGGACAGUAAUCCAACCAUAAUAAUAUAAUUGUAAUUAUAUAUUUAUCACAGAAGCGAAGUUUUGUUAGGCAUUUAAUGCUUAGGUACACUGUGAUGUAUAAAACUUGGAAAGUAUCUGUGUUACGAAAUUUUCUUGAAAGACGAAAUAAAGUAAUAUAUUUUUAAUAAUGAACUAUGAAACGGACAGGCGGUCGUCUAAAAUAAUGUAAGCUGUGUUCUACGAAACAAUAAAUAAAAACCCAAACCUGCAAAGAAAAAAAGCAAUCAAAUAUUAGAUGUGCAUUUGUCUAAAAGCUUUGAAGUCGUAGUCUCGCGCUAACACCUUUGUAGGCGCUUGUAGUCACGCGUUACCGAUACUAAUUGGCUUUACCGCUGGUGCUAACUAAUUCACUGCUAUUCAUGAUUAGAAAGUAAGAUUAUGAUGUAUGCAGAUCAUGGAUGAAAUUAAAAUUUAUUUAAAUAGUUUUUUUUUUGUAAAUGCCUUUAUAUUUUUGUGUAGAAAUACGCGUCAACAUUAUUUCGUCUCGGCAACAGAUCCUUUUACUUGGUGAUUCAGAAAGGCAUUUGCUAAAUAAGCAGUUGCAUUAUACACUAGUAAUACUGAAAAUAACGGAGUGUGAACAGUUACUACAAUAACAAUUUGUAAAUCACAGUUUUGCAAUAAAUUAACCGUCCAUCGAGACGUGGCUAUAUUUGCUCAGGUAACACUUACAUAGAAAAAAGUAAUAUUUUGUACAUUGAGAGUUAUAGAAAAGUUUUGUCAAUGAUGUUUAGAUUAUGGAUUACCAAUUUUAUUUGCCAUUUGUUACUGACUUUGUUGCAAUUAAUACGUGAAAAUUAAGUAUUUGAAAGGUUAAGCAAGCGUUAGACAACGAAUAUAUUGCAUAAAUAUUAUGACAUACUUGCUCGCUUGCAUUCACAUUUAUACUUAAAAAAUAAAAAUAUACGAGUGUAAACCUCUAUUUUGCACAAAGAGCUACAUUUGUCUUUAAAUCUAUAAUAUCAUAUUUACAUGUAUUAAUCGUAACAAAGCGUAUAUAAAUAUUUUUAAGAUAUACUUAAUCUUUUAUUUUAAUACAGACUAUGUUAGUAUUAUACUACGUAGAAUAUGUAUUAUUGUUGAAUUGUAAGAGUAAAUGGAAUAAUUGUA